ACAUUUGGUUUCAGUGUUAAAGAAAUACGUUUUAAAUCUGUGGCCAAUGUUGAUGUAAAAUAUUUUCAAAAAACAAGGUCAGUCUCUGACCAAUGACGCCUGGUGUUUAUGUUGUUUUGUCAUUUCAACAUUUGACCAUCUUACUGUAAGGGGAAGUUCCCUAACCUCUUUACCACUGUGUGGCCCCUUCAUAAACAGUACAAAUGUAAACGUAACGGACAGAAGCUAAGUGCUAUAAUGACUAUAAACAGGACCGACUUUUCUCGUGAGCGAACUAAGUAAAUCUUGCUCAUCCGUAAACAACGUCUCAGGAGGAGGCGAGUAUAUAAAAAAGAAUUAUACAUUUGGCAACACAUAUCAAUGUAAAUAAAAUAUUCAGACGUAGUGAAACUUGAAGGAAUUUUGGACGUGGGUGAAAAAUGGGUGUGUUCGAUUUUUUUUUUGUCUCAAUGGCGAAGGAAAUACAGGAUUUGAGAAUUCCCUGGAAUUCAACGAACCAUGAAGUUUGUGUGUGUGUGUGUGGGUGUGUGUGUGUGUUUUCCUAGCACAUAUAUACGUGGGUAUUAAUGUUAUGGAGCUCUCGGUUGCACUCUUACCUUUACGGACUCAAAAUGGCGUGGGUCUGUCUGAAAAUGAUCUCCCUCGGUUCCCUGUUGUUUUUCAGUGACCAGGUUUCCUCUGCACACACCUCCAACUGUGUCAGCGCAGAUAAGCCCAGUAGUCGCCUCCAGCGUUUCUUGAGCAGGUACACCACCACGACCCCGCCGCCGAGCCGCCCCAAUAAGGAAAAAGAACGCACCUGCGCCGAAGCAGCAAAGCGGAUGAGCGGCGACGUGAGCGCUCGUUCUCUGUCACCCUGGAGAAUCAGAGUUGACAGCGACGAAAACAGAGUUCCUCGUGUCAUCGCCUUUGCCGAGUGUCUGUGUCAAGGCUGCAUCGUUAACCGGCAUGAGGAUUUGGGCUAUAACUCGGUACCAAUCAUGGUCUGGAAGAAAGUUCUGCGGAAGAUCCCGUGUCCGACUGACAAAGACAAGUAUACGGUCACCAGGGAGACGGUGGAAGUCCCGGUGGCCUGCGCAUGCGUUAAACCAAACGCAGCCAAAUGAUGGUUGACAGUGUUGUGACCGCAAAGACUUCAGACUUGACUCGGACUCGUAUUAACAUAAAAAAAAAAAAAAAUCUGAAGAAAGCUAGAAGGAACAAAAGUCCGUGACCCUGAAACACAUCACAUCAGUUCUGUGGUCUCUUCGUUUUCUUUCGUUUUAUUUAUUUAUUGUUUUAUAACCAGUGGCACUUCAGUGACAGAGUCUCCAAGAGGAACACACAUCUUGAAUCAGACAAUAGUUCAGCCUGUCAUCAUCACUUCAUCAUCACAUGUUAUAUACAGAAAGUCUAUUUUCAUGGUUUCAGUACAAAGUCAAACAGAAACUGUUUUAAAACUUAAUGAACAAAGUAGUGCUCAUCAUUUUACGUUGAUUCUCUCUCUCUCUCUCUCUCUCUCACAUACACACACACAAACUUCUUCAUUGCAUUUAUGAAUAAAAAGGUGCGUCAGGUCAUCACAUUAAAAAAAAACCCCACACAUUGUAGAAUCAGUCCACAGCGUUACACUUGCUUUCCAGUACUAAGUUGUCAUUACCAAAGACGGCCAGUAGGGGACAAACAAGACUGCUGUACUUCUAAAAUUAUUAUUAAUUAUAUUAAUAACAACAACAACAAGAAUACUAAUAAUAAAAUAAGUAAAAUAUCCAAAUGUAAAAAAAUCAGCUUUAUGUUCAGAUCAUUACCACCACGUUGAUUCGUAUCAGUCUGACUGGUUUUAAUCUGUUCGUGAGACACGAAAGCUUUUUUUUUUAUGAUCACAAUCAUUAAAUACCAUAUCCCCUGAUUCAUAGUUUUAUGUUUUUAUAAUUUUUGGUUUUCUUAUCGAGUAAGGAUGUAGUUACACCCUGAUCUCACCAACAACUAUACACCGUCCUUCGGCCAACUUCAAGUAAAUCAUUCACCAAAUCCUUCAUGUUCCUGGAGUGCACACAGGUUGAACACACGAACUCCAUGCAGAACAUCAACCGCCCAGUCACCACUAGGGAUGGAAUCAGCGGUACUCUUGUUGGAAGGCAGGAGCACUGAGCCACUCGUCCACAGUGUCCUCCUUGUCCCAACAACCCACAGCAGCCGAUUGUGUCACAGUUUGCUCAAAUCAGAUACACGACCACAGAUACCUCUUCACCUCGUUCCAAACUGUCACUUCUAAUUACAGGCCACGCCCUCCAUCCCAGCCUAUCUCAACACAUUUGGCAUGAAAGUUGUUUCUCACAAUUUACAAAAGCAGCAUAUAGUGCGCAUGAGUGAGUCACGUUACACUGUUUAUUCUACUGGCAGUGGAGUUUCUGCUGAUAGAAGUGGUCUUAAACAGAGAAGCAAUAAACCGGUCUCCGACGACUGACCUUUGUUUUAUCUGCGAGUUUGGAGGAAAAUAACGCAACAAACUUCAAGUAUUUCUCAACCUGUCAGUGAAAGCGCAACUUUUAUUUUUUUUACACAUUUUAAAUUAAAUAAUUCAUGUUGGCUAGUCUUCUAGAAACCACUACUCUUCCAAAAUUUAAGGAGGAACAUUUUUUUAGUUUAAUCAAAAUCAGAUGUUUCUUUGUUUCUCGUUUGUUUGAAGCAGGUGUGUCACAGGAGCUGUCGUUUAUUUUGGGUUUAGCUUUUAUUUUUGCAAUAAUAUUUACUGUAUGUCUUCAUGUAUUUUUUCAAUGAUUACAUGUACUGACUAGGGUUAGGUAGUUAAAAUUGACAGAUAGCCAAGCAAAGGUGAGCAACAGUCCUCUGAAAAUAGUAUAAAGAUAACUGGAAGUUAUUGCCAUUGCCAGAAGAUUAGCCGUAGCUAACCCACAGUAACACUUUUUAAUCAUUUUUAUGAGCCUUUAAAAUCCUUAGUUCAAUCAUGUUUUUAGAGCGUGGCUGCUCGCUGUUCAAACUUUAUUACAGCAGGAAAGUUACGAUACGGCUAAAGAAGAAAUUAAGAGUUGCCUACGUGUACAGUCAAUAUUUACUAAAUGUAGCCAUUGGAAAAGUGUGCAAACAAAGAACUACCCGCCAUUUUAUGGCUCUGCAAACAGGGCUGUGUUUUUCAUGGCCAUCUUGUUGUUUUUGGGUUUUUUGUGCUGCUAGUACAUGAGUCAAAGCUGGCACUAGUUACUCCAUAGCCCCGACAUGAUGAAGAGAUGACAGCCACAAGUACUAUGCUUUUUAAACAGUACACAGGUUUAGUAUUUUGUAUCAGUGGUUCCCAAAGUGAGAGGUCGUCUGUGAUCAAGAUAUACACAUUUCCAUUUUAAUAAGCUGGGGAAAUCCCACUUAUCAGCAUUUCAUCUCUCUUCUUCCAAGAGGAUGGAAACAGCUGUGAAUGUUUCGAUAGUGUGACUAUUUACAGAAGGAGGCACGGCAGAAAGCUGGGAACCUCUGUUGUACAGAGGCUAGACUGUUCACUUGUCAUCCCUUUGUGUCUUAAUACCCAACAAGCAACAUCGUCAUCACUAUGUUAACUAUGAAGACAAACAAGAAGGAUGUUAUUUUUACAGGUCCUGUAGUCACAGACCUUUGUUUCCUGACCUUCAGUUUAAGGCCACA